AUUUUUCUAAGCAAUAGUCUUCACAUGGAUAGAGUUAAAUUACUGAAACACAAGUGACUUGAGCUUUGAAGUUAAUUAAAAGAGUAAAAGACUAGUCGUUAGGAUUAAUUGUCAAGAACAGUCAAAUGAAAUAGAGAGGCCAACAGAACUACAAAAUAUUAGAGACAAUGAGACGCGGAUCAGGACCAUUUCAAAGAAAAUUAAAAACUAUAUUUUGCAUACAUGGUAUUCAUUCAAUAAGACGGCAUUGCAAGAAGCUAUAUAAACUAUGUCAUACCAAUGGAAGAAGCAUCCCACAAUAACAACUCUCAAGGCAUAAAAAAAAAUCAAAAAAUUAAAAAAGAAAAAAGAGAGAUGGGAAACCUGAAAGCAGUUCUCAUAGCUUUCUUUGCCUCUGCAAUUGCUCUUCAAGCAUGCUCGGUUCGUGCCACAUUAUCAGACAGUACCAAUUUCUACUGGGGUGAAACCCGUGGCAAAUAUACAGGUCCAGACAGUGUUGAUCUAGUGUUGACAGAAGAAGGAGGAACUGGAAUAAGGUCAAAUGUCAGUUACAUGUAUGGAUCUAUUACCUUGGGAAUCAUGCUGCCUUCUGGCAAUUCAGCUGGGACUGUCACCACCUUCUAUCUGUCUUCUGCUAAUAAGGCACAUGAUGAGAUAGACUUCGAGUUCCUUGGAAACACUACAGGGGAGCCUUUCACAAUUCACACAAAUAUUUUCACCCAAGGAAAAGGUAGUCGUGAAGAACAAUUCAAGCCCUGGUUCAACCCUUCUGAUGGUUAUCACUUCUACACCAUUUUCUGGAACACCUACGAAGUUGUGUGGAUGGUAGAUGGUGUACCAAUUCGAGUCUUCAAAAACUUUCAUGACUCCGAAAUCAACUUCCCAGAUGCACAACCCAUGAAUACAUAUUCCAGCUUUUGGAAUGCUGAUGAUUGGGCAACCCAAAAAGGAGCUGUCAAAACUGACUGGAGCCUCGCACCAUUUACAGCAAGCCUAGAAAACUACAACGUAGAUGGUUGCUACUGCUGGAAUACCGAAACCUGUGUGGAAACAUGUAGCAAUGCAGAUGAUUCUGCUAACUGGUGGACCCAAGAGAGUUACACUCAGCUCAGUGACAGUCAGAAAGAACAGAUGACCAAGAUCAGAAACGAGAACAUGAUCUAUGCCUACUGCACUGAUUACAGUAGAUUCAAUGCAGAAUUCCCUAGACCAAAGGAAUGUGACCUUCAACAGUAUUAAAAUGACGAUCAUUAAUGAACCUCUCAACAAAGCAAGGCGUCUGCAGCAGAAUUGACGCUAUGAACCUUACACGAUUCUUUUUUUAAUUUUGUUCCAUGUUUUCAUCCUUAAUGUUUCAUUUCAGUAAUAUUAUUCAAUUAUGAAUUCUUGGUUAUACAACAUACAUACAUACAUACAUUACCUACAAAUAAUGGUUUCUUGGUUUGCUAUUUCAUUCUAUUGUUUUGUAUCAAAUACAUUAUGGUGUUUUUUACCUUCUCCGAAAAUUAACUACAUAUGUCAAUCAAAUAACUACAAAAUCGUCAAUUCAACCCAAUUGUAUCUGCCUCUAGUACAAGGCGCACCCAACCCCCUAGUAAACAACAACAAUACUUGUUUUGAAAGAUUAUAGGUACUCAUUUCAAACACCUUAGCUCAUUUGCAAAAUGAA